CCUCAAUAAAGACUUGAUCUUCUAACCAGCCAAGACUAUACCUUGGCCUUCUUCUUCUGCAGAUCCCAUUUCUCUCGAUAGUGUAAUAACAUGGGAAGGGGUAAGUUCAAGGGAAAGCCCACUGGCCGCCGUAUGUUCUCCACUCAAGAGGAGAUGAUUACAGGUUUAUCUGCCCGUCCUCGUACAUUUAAAAAGGAAGAGCUGAAAGAUAAAGAACAAGACAGAUCUGAUGAAGAAUUGGAACAAGACUCUGAUCAUGAUCAAGAUCAAGAUCAUCAAAAAGAAGAAGAAGCCAAAAAACAAAAGGGUGUUCAAGGGAUUAUUGACAUUGAGAAUCCCAAUUUAGUGAAGCCAAAAUCAGUACUUAAAGCUAGAAACAUUGAUACUAAGAAGACAACAACAACAACAACUGAACUGUCGAGGCGCGAAAGACAAGAAAUAGAGAAACAAAAAUCCCAUGAAAGAUACAUGAAGUUACAAGAACAAGGAAAGACAGAUCAGGCUAAGAAGGAUUUAGAGCGAUUGGCACUUAUUAGACAACAACGAGCAGAGGCUGCCAAGAAGCGACAAGAAGAGAAAUCAAGUAAAUGUUAAUAAUCUCCAUUUGAAUAACAAGAAGCUUGUAUUUGAAUUCCUGAAUAUGAUUAUUAAUGUUACAAAUAAAACUGGAAAUUAAUCUCAGACAGACAUUACUGAGUUUCCUAAAAAUGGUUUUGAUUACAUUUGUGAGUUUGUCUAUCUGUCAUGUCAUGUGUGAAUCUUCUAAAUAAAUAUUGAACAUAUAAACAUGGAUAGAGUUUUUUUCU